AGGAGAAGAAUGGUAAAGAAGGGAGAAAGAAGAUAUCUUACAGGUGCUGCUCUAUAUGCAAAUUUAAAAGACUAUCUUCUGACUGAGGAACAAUUGAAUGAAAAUAACUUCCCUCGACCAAAUCCUGAAAAAAAUGGUAGUGCUAUAUUUAAUGGGAUGAUAAAAAAAGCUGUAUGUGAUGCUUUCAGAAGAGUGUGCUGUAGGUGUGGCAAAGUUUUUACAGUUACUUUCUCAGGAAAACAUGCACGUAAAGAAGAAUGCAAUUACCAUUCUGGUAGAGUAUUAGAACAAAAAGUUCCAGGUGGCUUGGAAAAACGCUAUAGCUGUUGUGAGGGAAUAAUUGGAUCUGCUGGGUGUCAAGUUGCAAAGCUUCAUGUUCAUGAUGGAAGAAGGGAGAACCUGGAUGGCUUCAUGAAAACAUUUAUUAAAUCACCUCCUUUUGAUGGCAACUAUGGAGUAUAUGCUCUGGACUGUGAGAUGUGUUAUACAACACAAGGCUUGGAGCUUACUAGAGUGACAGUAGUUGAUUCUAAGCUGCAGGUUGUCUAUGAUUCCUUUGUUAAGCCAGAUGGUGAAGUCAUAGACUACAAUAUGAGAUUCUCUGGAGUAACCGAGGAUGAUUUGAAGAAUACCACAACAUCUCUUCGGGAUGUACAGGCGGUACUUCUAAACUUGUUCAGUGCAGAUACAAUUUUAAUUGGACACAGCUUAGAAAAUGAUUUAUUUGCUCUCAAGCUGAUUCAUGACACGGUAGUGGACACGUCAGUAAUGUUUCCUCAUCGGCUAGGUUUGCCUCAUAAAAGAGCGCUUAAAAGUCUAAUGGCUGACUACCUCAUGAGAAUUAGUCAAGAUGAUGUUGGUGGUCAUAAUUCCAGUGAAGAUGCAAUCGCUUGUAUGGAACUAACACUUCGGAAGAUCAAGGAAGAUAAAGGGAGAAAACGGUGACUGUUAUGGCUUUGGAGGAGCAGGAGGGGAAAAACAAUGUUUUGGCUCACUGUUCUUUAGUGCUUUAGUACCAAUCAUUUUUCUGAUGUCCAGUGUUGACCACGGAUGCUUUAAUAGGAAACUCUGAUUAUAUGUACUUCUGAAGCUUAAAAGGCACAAGAAGGAGAAAAUAUGAA